AUGCAGAAGAAAUUAAAUAUGCUGAAGAACGAAGAAACAAGUUUUAAUGUGGAGAGUGCGCGAGCAUCUCCUUCCUGCUGCCUGCCCCCGCUGAGCCCUGUUACCAAGCUCCACCGAACGGCUCUGUUUGGUGAGGAAUUCAGGUCGCACCUCUCACAUUUCCACUAUGGUCCUCCUCCUCUUAGAGACAUGGAAACUUUUCAGGGCUUGCUGGAAGGAGGGUCUCAGAAACGCAAGAGCAUGCCAACCAAAAUGCCUCCAUCUGUUACUCCUGAAGGCUCCUCGUUGCCACCCCACAGGCCUGAAGACCAUCAUGAUAUAGGCUCUUCCAGUCUCCCUUUGAUGUUUCAACAGCCAGCACAGCCCAGGUACAGUUCCCAGAUGAUUGACCUCUGCAACUUUGGUUUCCAGUUCUACAGGAUGCUGGAGCACUUUGGAGCCAAGCCCAUCAAGCAAGAAGCAUGGCCCAGUAGCCCGGCAUUCAUGCAGGCUCCUUACUCGUAUUAUCCUAAAGUCCAUCCUAGCUUAAUGCUUCCUUUCAUUGUGCCCCCAAACUUUCAUUUCAGGAACACCUUUCAAAUGAAACGGCCUUCAGAGCCAUCCUUCAGGAGGGCUGAAGUAAGAGAAAGUGGUGAAAAUAAACAGAAAGUGGAAAGAGUAGAUGUGAACCUUCAGAUAGAUGACAGCUAUUAUGUUGAUGUGGGGGGCGAGCAGAAGCGCUGGCAGUGUCCAAUGUGUGAGAAGUCCUACACAUCCAAGUACAAUCUGGUCACCCACAUCUUGGGGCACAGCGGCAUCAAGCCACAUGCCUGCACGCGCUGCGGCAAGCUUUUCAAGCAGCUGAGCCACCUGCACACACACAUGCUGACGCACCAGGGCACCAGGCCGCACAAGUGCCAGGUGUGCCACAAGGCCUUCACUCAGACCAGCCACCUCAAGAGGCACAUGAUGCAGCACAGCGACAUAAAGCCUCACAACUGCAGGAUCUGCGGCAGGGGCUUUGCCUACCCCAGCGAGCUGAAGGCGCAUGAGGCUAAGCACGAGAGCGGCCGAGAGAACAUCUGUGUGGAGUGCGGCCUGGACUUCCCAACGCUGGCCCAGCUGAAGAGACACUUAACAACCCAUCGCAGACCUAUACAGUACAACUGCACCGAAUGCGACAAGACCUUCCAGUAUCCCAGCCAGCUGCAAAACCACAUGAUGAAGCACAAAGACAUUCGUCCCUACAUCUGCACUGAGUGCGGCAUGGAGUUUGUGCAGUCCCACCACCUCAAGCAGCACUCCCUGACGCACAAGGGUGUGAAAGAGCACAAAUGCGGAAUUUGUGGCCGGGAAUUUACUCUGCUGGCCAACAUGAAGCGACACGUCCUGAUCCACACCAAUAUCAGAGCCUAUCAAUGUCACUUGUGCUUCAAGAGCUUUGUGCAAAAGCAGACUCUCAAGGCCCACAUGAUUGUUCACUCUGAUGUCAAACCCUUUAAAUGCAAGCUGUGUGGAAAGGAAUUUAACAGAAUGCACAAUUUAAUGGGACACAUGCACUUGCACUCAGACAGUAAGCCUUUCAAGUGCCUCUACUGCCCCAGCAAGUUCACCCUGAAGGGGAACCUAACGAGGCACAUGAAGGUCAAACAUGGAGUCAUGGAAAGAGGAUUUCAUUCACAAGGUUUUGGAAGAGGAAGAAUUGCUCUGUCCCAGACAAAUGUCUUAAGAAGUUUGGAACAAGAAGAGCCCUUUGAUCUUUCCCAGAAAAGCCAAGGGAAGGGAAUCUUGUUUCAUUUGGAUAGCGAGAGUGCCAAGGGGAGCUUGUGCCAGGAGGAAGAGGAAGACAACUGCUACAAGGCAGAGCAGUACAGCCCAGGCAGGUACCGUCACGCCAGCAGCAAGCUCUACAUGCCUCGCGAUGGGCCUGGCAAACCGCAGUGCGCCGGCAAGGACAUGAGGGAGCCCUACGGCACUGAGAGGGAGGAAAUGCUGUGGGAAGGAGGACUCAAGAAGAGUGCUGGAGACUCAGACAAGCCAGAGGGCCAGGGAGAGAGAGACCUUGCAAACAGCAAAGAGCACCUCAGCUUUAGGUCCUUUGAAAAGGGCAGAGUUGACCAUUCUCUCUUUGAUUACUUGUAUUUCAAGCACAGGAACAAAAGUUUGAAGGAAUUACUGGAAAGAAAAAUGGUAAAACAAACAAUGCUUAUAGGCAUUUAAAUGGACAACAUCUUAAAUCAGCUGGCAAAUGGAAAGCAGACAGCUUU